GCCUGCAUAUAGGGCGGCGUUGGUUUUGGGCCAUACAUUACCACCAUACCGCUCCGGUGCUCUCUGAGUCAGGCAGCCGCAGCAGCCAAUCAAAGUAGGCUUCCAACGAAGCCACCCACCUCAGGCUUCCAAGCAGAUGACGAGCCAGUUCAGAACUUAGCGCCAAAAUUCGGCACCUGAACUCAACGCGCCGUCAAACCGAACAUCACCAAAUCCAUACUUCGUACUCCGUACAGCUUCCACAUCAACUACCAAACUUGGCAAGUUAUCGCGAUACCGCCCAAUUUAGCAAAACGCCUCCGUAUCACCUCCGCUACAUAAUCCCUUUCCCUCUCUUUCCUUCCACACGUCAGCUGCCGCAACAUAAAAGGCCUUCAGAAUGGGCGACGUUCUUGCGGCCAACCAGGUCCAACUGCACAAGAAGUCGGGCCCAUCCACCAUCCCCAGCAUCGAGCAUUUUGAGGGUGUACCAAUAGAGGGCGGUGAUGACUAUGUGACUCUCAAACGGCUGCAGCGGCAGCUGGAGUACAUUCAACUACAAGAGGAGUACAUCAAGGACGAGCAGAGGAGCUUGAAGCGGGAGCUUGUAAGGGCUCAGGAAGAGAUGAAGCGCAUCCAGAGCGUCCCUUUGGUUAUCGGACAAUUUAUGGAAGCCAUUGACCAAAAUACGGGUAUUGUCCAAUCUAGCACCGGCUCCAACUAUGUUGUACGUAUCCUAUCGACCCUUGACCGCGAGCUCCUCAAGCCAUCGUCAUCCGUCGCGCUGCAUCGUCACUCCAAUGCCCUCGUCGAUAUCCUCCCGCCUGAGGCCGACUCAUCGAUUGCUAUGCUUGGGGUGGAUGAGAAGCCCGACGUUACGUAUGCCGACGUUGGAGGGCUGGAUAUGCAAAAGCAAGAGAUCCGUGAAGCCGUCGAGCUCCCGUUGACGCACUUCGACCUAUAUAAACAAAUUGGUAUCGACCCGCCGCGUGGUGUGCUGCUCUACGGGCCGCCGGGCACAGGCAAAACAAUGCUGGUGAAGGCUGUGGCCAACUCGACCACGGCCAAUUUCAUCCGUGUCGUGGGCUCCGAGUUUGUGCAAAAGUACCUUGGUGAAGGACCACGGAUGGUACGCGAUGUGUUCCGAAUGGCCCGCGAGAACGCGCCCGCCAUCAUCUUCAUUGAUGAGAUCGAUGCCAUUGCAACUAAGCGCUUCGACGCCCAGACGGGUGCCGAUCGCGAGGUUCAGCGUAUUUUGCUGGAGUUGCUCAACCAGAUGGAUGGCUUUGACCAGACGGCCAACGUCAAGGUCAUUAUGGCCACGAACCGCGCCGACACGCUCGACCCGGCCCUUCUGCGGCCCGGCCGCCUGGACCGAAAGAUUGAGUUCCCAAACCUGCGCGACCGCCGCGAGCGCCGCCUGAUCUUUACCACCAUUGCAAGCAAGAUGAGCCUUGCGCCAGAGGUUGACCUGGAUAGCUUGAUCGUCCGUAAUGACGCACUCAGCGGAGCUGUGAUUGCUGCCAUCAUGCAGGAGGCCGGACUGCGUGCUGUGCGGAAAAACAGGUACAAUAUCAUCCAAGCGGAUCUUGAGGAUGCGUACAGCAGCCAAGUCAAGGGAACAAGCGACGAGAACAAGUUUGACUUUUACAAGUGAACAAGGGGCAGUUUCGGGCGGGUCGCUCAGUACUUGAUUCCAUCCUUCUUUUUGAUUUUACCGACAAACUUGGUAUUCAUCGUUGUCUCAACCCUCAGAGAUCACGGGAAAAUGGCAGAGGGAAUACGUGU